GAUCACACACGAAAAGUAUGUGGUAACAAUUCUAUUUAAAGAUAAUUAUUAUUACACCAAAAAAGUUUUAACGAAAAUACUAGUCUUAUUAUUUCUAAAUAUAGAACAGAAUACGUGGCUUUUAUAACUUCGUCAAAUUAUUUUUGUUCAAUAAAUUUCAACGAUAAAUAUUAAUAAUCAUUUUAAUAUGUCUUCAUUAAAACUAGUUAAUUUUAGUUUUUUAUUAUGUUAUGCGAUUUUCUACUCUAAAGCAUAUACGACUUCAAAAAAUAUAAUUAAUCAAUUAGAUAAUUUACUAAAUUUCUAUCCGGGAUGGAAAAAUUUAAAUGAUUUAAUCGCUGUAAAAUAUUACCAUAAAAGACAUUAUCUCAAUAGUUUGAUUAAAACACCUACAUCUAAAUAUAAAUGUGAGUCAAAGAUACGAGUCUUGACAGUAUUUCUGGAAUGCACAUAUACAAAAGUAAUAAAUAAUAUUUUUUCAAUUAUUAUUACCUGGCUACAAAUUAAUGAAACGCAAAAUAAAGAAUACAACGACUUAAUAAAUGGAUGCAUUUAUACUGAAGUAAUCAAAAACAUAAUGGCGAUAUUAAUUGUUCCAAUAGCAAAAUUAAUGAAAGGCGCUCUGGAAGCCUUAGAUUUAUUACAUCAUUUACCCUGGGCUACUACUACUAAAAUGUAUCAACAUAAGAAGCCUUACAUUAUGUGUCUAUUAUUGGAGAGAAUAGAAAAUAUUCUUGACGAAUUGAAUGAUCCAAUUCUAUCAUGUGAUGAUAGAUCUAAAAACUCUUCGGAAAUUGAAAUUGAAAUUUUAUUUGAUUUUUUUGUAAGUAUAAGAAAAGACUUACAAAAAGAAACUGAUACACUUUGUGAAUUUGUAACUUAUAAUACGAAUUAUUUAUGGAAUGAAUAUGUUCAAGAAUAUAGAGCCAUUAUUAACCAGGGAGUUAACCUAUUAUUUUUUAAAUUCUUAACCAAAAAAAUUGAAGUUUAUAUCAAAACAGAAAUUAUAGAAAAGUAUUUUGAACUGGGAUUUAAAUUUGAUCCAAUCACGGAAGAAACGUUUAUACCAACACCGGAGGAAACACUUGAACUAGAACUGGAAUUUAAAGCAAUAGAUGAAGAACUUCCAAAUCCAAUACAAAUAUGAAUGUAUUAAAUAUUGUACUAAAAUUAAUUUUGUUCUACAUUUAUGUUUUAUAAUUAAUGAAAUUUACAGUAUUACUAAGCAUUUACUAAGUAAAUCUUUAAACUAUUUCUAAAAUCUAAAAUAUUGUUAUUGUUUAUUAAAUGUUUGUGUCCUGUAUAUAUGUAUAAUUAUUUUUUUAUAUUAAAAAGAUAUGAACUAGGUAUGUAAAAUUAAAAAUACUUUAUGGUUGUUUUAUACAAAUAUUUUAUAAAUCUAGAAUUGGAAUUUAAAGCAACUGAUGAUGAGCCUCCGACGCCAGUAGAAAUAGUAAAUCAUUAAAUAAUGUAAUGAAAUUAAUUUUCCUCUACAUUUAUAAUUUAUAAUAAAUAAAAAUUUACUUAAUUAUUAUGUCAAUAUUUAAAUAAUUAUAGAAAUAUAAUAAUAUGA